GGAGGGAGGCGGCCGGUCCCGCCCGCCCCGCGCCUCCCUGGGCCGAGGCGCCGGGGAUGCGGCAGCCGCCGGGCACCGCGGGGCUGUAGCCGCCCGCCGCGGCCCCGGAGCCCAUGGGCUGUGCCCAACGACGCCUGGGUGUUGUAGGGUUCUGGCAGAGCUGGCCAUGAUGUUAUGGUUCGUGGUGGGUGCCCUCCUCCCAGCGCUGCUCCUGGCUGCACCCCCCCCCAUCAACAAGCUCGCCCUCUUCCCCGACAAGAGCGCUUGGUGCGAGGCCAAGAACAUCACGCAGAUCGUGGGGCACAGCGGCUGCGAGUCCAAGUCCAUCCAGAACAGGGCCUGCCUGGGGCAGUGUUUCAGCUACAGCGUCCCCAACACCUUCCCUCAGUCCACAGAGUCCCUGGUGCACUGUGACUCCUGCAUGCCAGCGCAGUCCAUGUGGGAAAUCGUGACCCUGGACUGCCCAGGCAACGACGACAUCCCCAGGGUGGACAAGCUGGUGGAGAAGAUCCUUCACUGCAGCUGCCAGGCGUGCGGGAAGGAGCCGAGCCACGAGGGAGCCCUCUUCAACGUCUACCUGAACGCGGAGGAGAACCUGCCCGCCGAGGGUCCCGCACCCCAUCACUACGCCCACCACCAGCAGCAGGAGGUGGAGGAGCCUCCUGCCUCCAGCCACCACCACCACGAGGAGGAGGGCGAGGAGUGAGCCGGCCCCUGUGGACUGUCCUUGUGGGCAGGGGCUGGGGGCGGGUGCGGGACAGGGGUUGGGGAGGGAGGGGGGGUUGCUGGAGUCUUUCCUGUCCUGUAGCUGCCCUCACGCUUUGCUCUCCACGGCCCCCCAGGGAAGGAGGAAGGCUCUGAGGCACAAGCAGGGCUGAGGGGCAGGAGCUGCAGGCUGAGAGGAGGGCUCGGUGGUGCCGGAUGCAAACCUACUUGCACAUAAUAGUACUAAUAUAUUGAGAGGAGCAGGGACGCGGAUGAGGGGGGUUUGGCUGCAAGCAGGAGCUGAGCUGGGCUCCCCAGGGGCUGUCUGCAAGCUCCGGACCCGUGUGGAGCCCUUGCUGAGCCCUUCUGGGUUUUCCUCUUGUAAAUGGCUCAUCCCUGGGGUGCAGGAGGAAGGGACGCAUCUCAGGCCCCCAGGAGACGCGCAGCUCUCCUGUGUGCGACCAGCAGCAUCCCUUCUGCCUCCUUCCGUCCCUGCCUGCCUCAGGAGCUGAGCUGGAUGCUCUGUUCCUCGCUGGAUCUUCGCUCAGCCCCAGCCCUCUUGUGUCAGCAGCUCCUGGGGAGUGCUUUGCCCCAGGAAGAGCCACUGGGGCUCUGUGAGGUUGUUGGGGGC